GCACACACGCACGCACACACAGGAACCCACACAUUCACACUCACACAUACACUCACACACACACAGAAUGCAAACAUUGAGAGUUUUAAUGCGCCGUUUGAAGGACCGUAAAUUUCUCCAGAACAAGUCAUGCGUAAAUCCCGGCCGUCGCUAUACAAGCAGCAGCCUGCCCAAUUUUAUACUGGUCGACGUGGAUGAGCAGGAGGAUGUUGAAUCGGAGGAUAAUCUAGGCAUACAUCCGAUCUAUCCGAUAUUGGGCAAUCGGUAUUCGGAUCUGUUCUAUAUGCCGCAGAGCGUGGGUCCCGCCUAUCAGGAUCUGUUCACGACCGCCGAUCAAUUUGAUCUAAGCAAAUAUCACGAUUCGAUGGCCUGGAACGGCAUCCAGCCGAUCAGAGCCCAGGUUGUGCGCUGCCCGAAACUGCUGCUGCCCCACAUGAAGCGCCUCUUCACAAUACCCUGCUCCAAGCUCAAGGAUCCUGUCAACUUUAGCAUAUUCAAUUUGUAUUUCGACAGCGAUGUGAACAGCGCCAUCAAGGCCUUUGUGCUGAUCGCCUCGCAGUAUUCCGUCGAGUUUAUGCAGGAUGGCUAUUGGUCGGACUUUGUCAAUCCGUUUACGGGUCGCGCCUAUUUCCGGCCGGCCGCCCGACGCAGCCUGCUCAGCCAGGAGGCCCGCUGUCUGGGCCACAACAUGAUCUUCAAGGACGUGCACGGCUGCACCGUCAUCAAGGAGGCCAAAAAAUGCACCUUUGCCGGCGCCAUAUUCAGCGACGUGCCGGUCAACUACUUUGAUUGAUCCAGAAUCCAACAAUUUUUAUUGCAGUCCAAUGCAUUGGCGUGUGUCUCUGUCUUGGUUCCUUGUCCACAUUCAAGUUCAGUUAGAGUUUGUCCACAAAAAAAAAAUACAUGUACCAAGUGUUUAAUAAAUCGGAAGCCCGGCAAUGACUUUAUUUGGAAAAA